AGUUUGCACCGACCUGCUGCCUGCAGCUGCACCUAUGAGUCUCCACGUUAAUGAAUAGCCGCGGCCCGCGCGAGACACACGAGCCGAUUAUGCCGAGAUAAAAAGCAUCUGACUCGCGCUCCGUCCGAUAAUGGCAUGCGAUGGUUCAUCCGCGGAGGAUUUCCCGGACAAAGUGAUGCCCAGAGCGGCUCCGUGCACGUGCAACAAGAAGUGCAGGAGUCGGAGCAGCAGUGUUGUCUUCCUGGGAUUAUUCCUGCUGUCGCUGUCUCUACACGCUGUCACCCUCGUCUGCUAUUUGGACCUGCGGUCCGAGGUCAAAAGGGAAAUUAUCCACCAGAAGCGGGACUCAAUGUUGACACUUGCGGGGAGUGACCUGGCUGACCCGGCGGCGGUGCUCUCACCCGGACACCCGCGACUGGACUCCGGGAGCAGCCGCACCACAGAGCCUCAUGAGGAGAAGUUACUGCACAGAAAUAGCGAAUUCCACGCCACAGAGGAUAACAGGGGCAUAACUCAGCGAGCGAAAAGAAGUCCCGGCAAGCAGCCAGAAACAGAACCGACUGGGAGAGAGAGAAGGAAAGAGAAGAAAAAAGGGAAAAAAAGGUCUGUGCCGGGCCCCCCUGGUCCCCCUGGUCCCCCGGGCCCACAGGGGCCACCGGGCAUCCCUGGAAUCCCCGGUAUUCCAGGAAGCAACGCUGUAGGGCCCGCAGGACCCCCUGGACCCCCCGGGCCGCAGGGACCUCCGGGCACUCAAGGUCCAGCAGGGGUUCCCGACAAGACGAAAACAAAAGAAUUCCAGCCUGCAGUGGUUCACUUGCAAGGACAGGAGACAACAAUCCAAGUGAGAGAAGAUCUGUCUGAAGGCAUCCUUAGGAACUGGAAGAUGGUGUCCAUCCAUCACCGCGUGUUUAAAAUGCACUCUCGCUCUGGAGAGCUGGAGGUGCUGCUGGAUGGUGUCUACUUCAUAUAUAGUCAGGUAGAAGUGUACUACCUCAACUUCACCGACAUUGCCAGCUAUGAGGUGAUGGUGGACUCCAACCCGUUCCUCCGCUGCACCUGCAGCAUCGAGACGGGCCAGCGCAAGUUCAACACCUGCUACACGGCUGGGGUGAGCCUGCUCCGCGCCGGCCAGAGGAUCUCCAUACGCAUAGUGUAUGAGGACACACUCAUCAGCAUGACCAAUCACACCACCUUCCUGGGAAGUGUCAGACUUGGAGAGGCUCCAUCUGCUGGACAGAACUGAUAACUGCACAGCCACCAGCACUCUACAUGAAAUGCGCCCGUCUUGCCCCCGCCGUUCAGAGGCAACUUAAAUCCCUCGGGUUAUUAAAGGUCGAGGAGCCCCCAGGUGACUUGUGUUCACUCUCACAGCUCUGUAUUAAAAGGGACGACAUAGACUGUCACACUUCCCCUUCACGUUGAUUCUGUGCAAAGAGAUGAGCCUCGAUAAGCCUCGUCAAACAAAAGGUCCUAUUUAUAGCCCCCAUUUUGUGUCAACACGGACGGCAUCUCUUUAUAACAAGGAAGGACACUGCGCUGACAUGUACUUAAUAUUUACCUAUUUUUAAGUGCUGUUGAAUGAUAAUCUUGUAUCUCCAAAAACACCAGCUACUCAAAAUGUUUUAUUCGCAGUUUGUAUACAGGGCCAUUUUAAUUAAUUUAAUUAUAUAAACAAUUAUAAGUGGUUAAAGCUCCAUAUGCCCCAGGGUUAUAAGAAUGAUUAAAGAUCAUAUACAUGUUCAAAGCACUUAUAAAGGUAUCUAUGCAAAGCUGAGACACAUCCAUAAAAACUGGAGUUAUAAGGUAUUCACGGAGCAACAGCACUAUAUAUUUUGCACACAUUUGCACUACAGCAUCCCUGCAGAAUAUCAGUGAUAUGUUUUGUUACAGUGCUAUUGUUUUAGUUACCGUAUGAAUGAAUCCAUGUGGAAAAAUGAUAGUUGUUUAUACGUCUCUGUACAUAUUGUAUAUAAAAAGGGAUAUACUUUUGUAAAUGGAGUUGAUUGAUGGAUUAAAAUGUUUCAUUUUCUGUCUAAA